CACCAGUUGGGUAUCCAAGACACAGCCUAAGCCGAGCCCUGGGGUCACUGGGCAUGUGGCCAUGUCGAAAGCUGCAUCGGUACGAGCGUCCGUGCGCGACUGCGAGGAGAAAGAAGUUGUGGUUGACGAAUCGGUCACUGCUUUGGGGUUUGGCUUCCUACACCUCCCACCAACGAGAUAUGCCCCCUUGGUGAUCAAAACUGUGAAACAGGACUCUUGGGCAGAUCUGCAGGGCAUCAUCCCUGGUAGCGAACUCAUUGAAUUGGAGGGCCAAGAAGCGGGCCGUUUGAGUGCGGAAGAGUUCCGACAGGUGCUGAAGCAGCGACCCCUGCGACUGAAGUUGGCUCCACCGCACGGAGAGGUUUGGAAACAGGUGGCAGCCUUCCAGCAGCAGGUGGUGGCUUUGAGUCUUCAGAAAGUCCACUUGCAACAAGCCCUGAAAGAUGAAAGCGACCGGGUUAUGCGCGAGCUGGGCAUUUGCACGGAACUCGAGAAGUCCAACAGCAUGCAGCACAAGGCCAAAGUUCUGAAAGAUCAAGCUCAACGCCUGCAGGAGAAACAAGCCCUUGAGGAAGAGAUGGACAAACUCAAGGCUGAACUGCAGACGUGCCAUCUGCAGAUGGACGUGGAGCGGCAGCAGAUGGAGGCAGAGAGGAGCAAGUUUCAGGAAGACCUGCAAGAGGCUUCACAGCUGGCCACUGACCAUGCCACGCAGCGUUCCUUGCUGGAGGAACAGCUCAAGGAUUUGCAGGCGAAAAUGGACAGCAGCACAGCACAGCUGACUGAGCUGACUGCACAGUUGGACUCAGAGCGAGAAGCGCGGCAGCAGCUGGACGUGGAGAACAGUCGGCUGCAGGCCAGCUGCGCGGAAAGCGAGGCCCAAGUGCAGCGCUGUAAAGGUGAGCUGGAGGCGGCCCGGAAAGGCACCCUAGAGGCUGAGACGUCGCAGCUCGCGGAGUUGCAAAGGUCUCGUGCAAGUCUGGAACAAGAACGGCAGCAAUUGGUUGCAAGCCAGGCAGAGUUGCAGCUGGAAAAAAACCAUCAAGCAGCUGAAAAGCUGGAGUUGGAGGCCAUGCGAAAGAGUCUGGAGGAGAAAGACCCGCAUCUACAACAGGCUGUGUCGGAACUGUCCAAGUUGCGAAACUUGGUGGCACACUGGCAAUGGCACAUCCUUUCUGGACGCGCCUGUGCAAUGAGGGUGGCGCUCACAAGCGCACAGCCAGAACUUCAAUCACUCCUGUCGCAUUUGGCAACCUCCGAGCUCUUCAAAGUCGAGAGCUCUCCACCCGCGGCGGCAGUUCCUGGCCCGAGCGCAGUUCCUGGCCCUGCGAGGCCAGUGGCUGCUCCAGCUGCCGACAAGGAGUCGGAUGAGGAUUCCUCCGCGGGCCGAUGGAGCCAGAACCAGAUCAGCGGCCAGAGCCCAUUCGUCCGUACGGAUGGAGGUGGACGUUCGAUGAAUGAUGGGCAUGCUCCCAGUGAGGCGCGUUUCCUGCCCGCCUGUGCCGCUGCCUUGGCGGCGAUGAUGAUGGCGCUCUCCUUGGGCGUUGAUGCAACGCCGCCCGCCGUGCGCCGCGAGCCCCAAGAAACCAAGGUGAGUAGCGACUGGGCACAGAUGGAGUGCAAGAAAGAUGUGGUCGCCAAAAAGGGAAGUGAGGAACGGCUCAUGCGGGUCAGAAAGAAGCUGAAGGAACACGCACAGGUGGCAGUCGACCGUCUAUGCUUUGAAUUUGAUAUCGACCCAGUGUGA